UUACAUUUCUUCGAAUGGCAUCACUAAGUGACUUGCUUUCAUAUUCUGCUUAAAACUUUGCAAACGGCCAUUUUGAGUGGCGUGUGGCGGUUUCGUCCACGAAUAAUUGUUACAUUCAAUAUAUUUAUUAUUGUCAUAGGAUAAUAAGUAAACAAGCCAAAAAUGCCCAAGCCGGUAAAUGUUCGAGUUAUCACGAUGGAUGCGGAGCUGGAAUUCGCAAUCCAGCCCAAUACUACUGGGAAGCAGUUGUUCGAUCAAGUUGUGAAAACAAUCGGUUUGAGGGAAAUCUGGUUCUUUGGUCUCCAGUACACUGACAGUAAAGGGUUAACAACCUGGUUGAAAUUAAAUAAAAAGGUUCUCAACCAAGAUGUUAAGAAAGAGAAUCCUUUGCAGUUUAAAUUUAGAGCAAAAUUCUAUCCUGAAGAUGUUGGUGAAGAGUUAAUUCAAGAUAUAACUGUGCGUCUCUUUUAUCUUCAAGUAAGAAAUGCUAAAUUGAGUGAUGAAAUAUAUUGUCCGCCUGAAACGUCAGUACUAUUAGCUUCAUAUGCUGUGCAAGCUAAACAUGGGGAUUAUAAUCCCGAUAUUCACAAACCUGGUUGCUUGGCAAAUGAUCGACUUCUUCCACAACGUGUAAUGGACCAACACAAGUUAUCUAAGGAGCAAUGGGAAGAAAGAAUUAUGAAUUGGUGGGCUGAGCACAAAGGAAUGCCUCGGGAAGAUGCAAUGAUGGAGUAUUUGAAAAUAGCCCAAGAUCUUGAAAUGUAUGGUGUGAAUUAUUUUGAGAUAAAAAACAAAAAAGGAACAGAUCUGUGGUUAGGUGUUGAUGCACUAGGUUUAAAUAUUUAUGAAAAAGAUGACAAGUUGACACCCAAGAUAGGAUUUCCAUGGAGUGAAAUCAGAAAUAUAUCUUUCAAUGACAAGAAAUUUGUCAUUAAGCCUAUUGAUAAGAAAGCUCCAGAUUUUGUAUUCUUUGCUCCAAGGUUGAGGAUCAAUAAGAGGAUUUUAUCUCUUUGUAUGGGUAAUCAUGAAUUAUAUAUGAGACGUAGAAAGCCUGAUACAAUAGAAGUUCAGCAAAUGAAAGCACAGGCUAGGGAGGAAAAACAGGCUAAACAACAAGAAAGAGAAAAGCUGCGACGAGAAAUGGAAGCAAGGGAACAAGCUGAGAAAAAACAACAAGAAUAUGCAGAAAAAAUUAGACAAAUGCAGGAGGAGAUGGAAAAUAGACAGAAAGAACUUUUGGAAGCUCAAGAUAGCAUUCGCCGUUUGGAGGAACAGCUACGCCAAGUUCAAGAAUCAAAGGCUGAUUUGGAGCAGAAACAGAAUGAACUUGAAGAGAUGCUGAAAAAGCUUGAAAAUGACAAAGCAAUGGAGGCAGAAGAAAAAGCCAAAUUGGCUGAAGCUAUUCAGAUGAAACAGAUCGAAGUUCAGCGUAUCCAGGAGGAAGUUGAACUUAAAGAUGAAGAAACCAGAAAACUCCAGGAAGAAGUUGCAGAAGCUCGACGUCGACAAGAGGAAGCACAUGCUGCUUUGUUAGAUGCCACAACACCUCAGCACCUUAAUGUCCACGAGGAUGAACAUGAAGAAAAUGAUGACUUAGUAAAUGGCGAAUUUGGUGCUGAAUUAGGUUCUCAUGAAGAUUCAAUUAGUAUGCCUAGACCGGAAGAGGAUAGAAUAACUCAAGUAUCCAAAGAAAAGCACCUGCAAGAUCAGUUGAAGGAGUUGAGUAAAGAAUUAGCAUCAUCCAAGGAUGAAACGAAGUUAACUAAAAACGAUCUGCUUCAUCAAGAGAAUGUGAGGCAAGGACGAGAUAAAUACAAAACACUGCGUGAAAUCAGGAAAGGCAACACAAAAAGGAGAGUGGAUCAGUUUGAAAAUAUGUAAUCCAGAUAUCGUCUGGGACAUUCUCACUUCUCUGUUAAUGCAGAAAGUGAAGGAUUUUGUAUAUGAAAGGGGCUUAGUGUUUACUUUAAAAGUUAACCUUGAGAGCAUUUGCUUAUAUAUUUAAAAAAUAAAAAAAAAAUCAGUUCAUAGUUAUACAUUCCACAUUUUAAUUUUAUUUGUUUAUACAUUUAAGUUAAAAAGAAUUUUUAUUUGUUUCUGGAAUUCGUUGACAUUUGAAUUUAGAUCUGAAUUUUGAUUUGAUAAGUUUAAAAUUUUGUUAGUACAUUUUUUUUCUUUCUUGGUUUUCAAAUUUUAUGAAUUUUGGGGGAAAACUUGAAAGUAUUUUUAUGUAGGUAGUGUUAAAUAAAUUGAUGCAGAUAUUUUUUUACGAACAAAGCAACUUUUUAAAUCUCUGAAUAUUUUUAAAUAUCAACUGUUGACCAGAUCUUCCCAACCAAUUUUAGACCCACUUACAGUAUGUGCCUUUGUGUGAUUUAAAUUGAAAGUGUGGAUUUUUUUUUUGUAAUGUUGUAUAUUUAGCUUAUUAAAACUAAAAUGCUUUCUUUAAUACUAUAAGCCCUGUGUACUUACAGUAUUAAAAUUGUCAUAUUUUUUUGUAACAUUUUAUAUAACGACGAAGCCUGGAUUUAUUUCAAUUGAGUUCCCGGAUAGCCUGAGAUUCAGGCUCAUACUAAGCUUCCAUCCAUAUAAUUCUGCAUUUUUGCACUCUUUAUUAAAUAUUUCUUUGUACCAUGUUUGCCUUGAUGAGUAGUUUAUAAAUUAGAUAAGUUUACAACAGUUUCUUAGCUUGUGUAUUUUGAGAUAUCUCUAUCCAUUGUUAAGUACGUUUAAAGUCUGUUUUCUUACUCAAUUGAGCUUGUUUAAAAUGGCCGGUAGUUUUGUAAAACUUAGCUUGUGACUGUCACUUUUUGGAGUUUUUAACGUUAAAUCACAGUAUUGUUUCCUCCUGUUAUGCCAUGGAAAUGUCUGUUGUUUAUUGCUAUCAUUUAACUGGUGCAAAGGGUUACAUUGUCCUUAACAUUUGAGUGUUAGCAAAUUGAAAUAUUUAUAGACAUUAAAUCAAACUUGUUAUAUUUCUGUUUUUUUUUAGUGCUUUAUUUUCUAUUUAUGAGACGUUAUGUGCCAGUACAGUAUUGUAUUUUCAAAAGGGUGGAAAUUCAUUUUUUUUUUAUAGGUAUGUUAAAAAUUUAAGUUUUUUCAUUUUAGAAAAAUUUUUUUUGUAACAAUUUUGAUAUUUUCUAAGUUUUUAGAUCUGUGCCAAAACCGAAAUUUUUUUUAGAUGUGAAUUGCAAAAAAUCUCAAUGCUAUUUUCUUUGCCGGAAAAGUAAUUAUGCAAUUUGAUGUACCUUUUAUCUUUAAGAAAAAAUUUGUUUGAAUCAAAAGUGUCUGCAAUAUUUGCUUUGUGAAUGGAAAAUUUAUGUAGUUCUAAAAAUUGUGAAUCUGUCAUCAUAUCAUUGUUAGUUUUUUCUUGCAAUUUCAUAGUGGUUUGGGCACUGUAAUGUGGCGAACUUGUUACCUGUAUUCAUAAAUGAAAAUACAAAUUCCUAGUUAAUAAAAAGCUAAGUUUUA